AUGGCUGCAGAUCUGCGAAACGGAAAUACCCCGAAAAGCUCUGGAACACCAUUUUCCAGGCGCCCGAUCAUUAUUCUAGGAGCUGGAAUCAUUGGUUGUGCUGCCGCUCUGCAGCUCCUUCAGAACGGCUUUUCGGUCAUUCUUGUAGCAGAGUACCUGCCGGGAGACAAAAGCAUUUUCUACGCCUCGGCAUGGGCAGGGGCCGCAUGGCAUGCAGCUGGCGGUUUGACCGAUGAGCACAAGUACCUGCAGGUGGUGAGCCAUCGGCAUUUACUGAAACUGGCAAAGGAGGAGCCAGAAUCUGGCGUUUGUAUCGUCAAUGCGCGAGAAUAUCUGGAGGAGGCUCCGGCUCCGAAUUCUGCGAUAUGGGGAAAGUCUGUGGUGAGCAAUUUUCGCGUCCUGGAGCCAGGGGAGUAUCCCUCGAAUUUCCACACCGGAUGGGCGUAUGACUGUCUCGUCGUGGACCCCACGAUUCAUCUGCCGUGGAUAGGGAAGAAGAUUACCGAACUCGGUGGCAAGUUUGUGCGACAUAAAGUAUCGUCUCUUCAGGAGCUUUACGCCAUGUUCCCGGAAUCCAACAUCUUCAUCAACGCCAGCGGUUGGGGCAGCAAGUUGCUGACAGACGUUCGGGAUGAAAAAUGCUAUCCGAACCGAGGCCAGAAUGUCUUUUUCAAGACGCCCAAUAACAACACCAUGUACUUCCGCAAUGGAAAGGAAUAUACGUACAUAAUUCCUAGACCCAUGUCCCAUGGUGUGGUUCUGGGGGGAGUCAACCAAGGCGAGAAUUUCUCGCCGGACGUCGACAUGGAGAUUGUCCGGGAUGAGAUCAGACGGGCACACCGUCUUGCGCCAGAAAUCAUCCCUGCUGAGCCUAAGGAGUCCGACCUCAGCUACAUCAUCGGCAUUCGUCCCAGUCGGCAGGGAGGAUUCCGCCUGGAUUCGCAACGCAUCGGAUCGCGGACUGUUCUCUCCGCAUAUGGAUUUGGAGGGGGAGGGUACGCAUUCAGCUAUGGCGUUGCGGAAGCACUGUUGGGGAUGGUCGAGAGGGCAGAAUUCGAAAACGUGGUUGGCAAAAAGGAAAGCGUGGCUAAUUUGUAG